AUGAAUUUCACUUUGGGACAACUCGCUUCGGAUGCACUCGAGCCUUCGUAUUAUGACAUUAUUGGAGUGGACCCGAGAUCUUCGACUGAGCAAAUUGAAGCUGAGUUUCGUUUAAAGGCCCGAAUGUUUCAUCCGGACAAGAACAAAGAUGUGGAAUCUAGUAAAUCGUCUGUUCUUUUUCUGUACCGCUAUGCAGCGGCUGCAUUUCAGCGUAUAAACCGGGCCAAAGAAGUCCUGACGAAUCCGGCGUUACGGAACCAAUACGAGUCAUGGUUUCACUGUAGUAUAGAGAUCCCUUUCGAGCAGUGGUUAACCGUUAAUAAAAGCAUGCACUCGUGUAUGCACUGGGGCUCUCCCACAGUCGAACCCAAAAUGCUACAGAAUGGUGGGAGUGCUAAGGUCCUCUCUCCAAUUAACGGCGUAUUUAACGAACCUCUUCCCGUGGCAGCUGCGUCUAGCCUGUUGGCACGUUUUCGCGCUUAUCAGAUUUGA